AUCAGCAACUGACACCGCAUCACUACCAACCGGGCGACUAACCUCAAAAGUUGUUUACAAGCGAGCGAACAUGGCGAAGCACCAUCCCGACCUGAUUUUCUGCAGGAAGCAGCCGGGGGUGGCCAUAGGGCGGCUGUGCGAAAAGUGCGACGGCAAAUGCGUGAUCUGCGACUCGUACGUGCGCCCGUGCACGCUGGUGCGCAUUUGCGACGAGUGCAACUACGGCUCCUACCAGGGGCGCUGCGUGAUCUGCGGAGGCCCCGGCGUCUCGGACGCCUACUACUGCAAGGAGUGCACCGUGCAGGAGAAGGACCGCGACGGCUGCCCCAAGAUCGUCAACCUCGGCAGCUCCAAAACCGACCUGUUCUACGAGCGCAAGAAAUACGGCUUCAAAAGACGUUAACCCAUCCAUGACUUAUCGAGUGUGUUUAUUCAAUAAAACUAACAGUAAGAAUCACAA